CGCGGCGGAGCCAUGGCGGCCGGGCUGGCCGGCGUGCUGCUGCUUCUGCUGCUGUUGUUCCUCAGGCUCGCGGCGCGCGGGCCCGCGCCAGCGGCUGCGGCCAAGAUGAAGGUGGUGGAGGAGCCCAACGCCUUCGGGCUCAACAACCCGUUCCUGCCCCAGACCAACCGCCUGCAGCCCAAGCGGGAGCCGUCGCCGCUCUCUGGGCCUGCGCAUCUCUUCAGACUCUCUGGCAAGUGCUUCAGCCUGGUGGAGUCCACGUACAAGUAUGAAUUCUGCCCAUUCCACAACGUGACCCAGCAUGAGCAGACCUUCCGCUGGAACGCCUACAGUGGGAUCCUCGGCAUCUGGCAGGAGUGGGAGAUCACCAACAACACCUUCACAGGCAUGUGGAUGCGGGACGGUGACUCCUGCCGCUCCCGGAGCCGGCAGAGCAAGGUGGAGCUUACCUGUGGGAAGAGCAACCGACUGGCCCAUGUGUCUGAGCCAAGCACCUGCGUCUAUGCGUUGACCUUUGAGACCCCCCUUGUCUGCCACCCCCAUUCUUUGUUAGUGUACCCGACCCUGCCAGAGGCCCUGCAGCAGCGGUGGGGACAGGUGGAGCAGGAACUGGCUGAUGACCUGAUCACCCCACAGGUGAGUGAGGCUCAGUGGGGCCCCCUGCUGGCCCCCAAUCGGUGCUCCAUCUCUUUCCUCCACCUUCAGGGCUAUGAGAAAUCGCUGAGGGCACUUUUUGAGGAUGCUGGCUACUUAAAGGGUCCAGGAGAAAAGGAACCCACCCAGCAAGAAGGAGGGACAACAGGCCUGGGGUUUGAGACCCUGGACAACUGUAAGAAGGCACACUCAGAACUGUCAAAGGAGAUAAAGAGGCUUGCCAGUCUGCUGAGCCAGCACCACAUCCCCCACGCCAAGCCCACAGAAACCUCCCACUCUGAGCACCUGGGCCAGCACUCUCCCACAGACGGGGUCUCAGAGCAGCUGAGAGGUGAUCCAGGACUGCGUGGGAACACCUCCUGACCUGGGCAGCCACGUGGGCGGGAGGAGACAGUGCAGAGCCUCUGUGUCCUGCAGCAGGCAGGCAGAGCCCUGGAACCCACCUAUGCAGGGAAGAUGAGGCUCCCCCGAGCCUAUCCACCAGGCAGAGGCACCCAUGAGGACCUGCUGGCCAGGCAUUGUGCUGAGAAACACAGACAAAAUAAAGAUUCAAAGUUUUAAUUAA